ACGGAAAUAAGUCGCAUGAGCAGAAGUAGACAGUUGUGUUUAGGUCCGAGUCCUACGUUUCGAACUCCAGAAGUUCAGUUUGUCUUUAACCAUGAAUUUUAUAGUAACGGGAGUUUUUUUAUGAUUUGUUUCUGCCGAGUUCUACCGAUAGCCAUGUCUAGCCCAAAAAAGGAAGAUCUCCCUGCCGUUCCCUCAGCCAUGAAGGACGAACUUGCCAAUUUUGACUCUGGAAAAAUGAAACACGCACAUACAGUAGAGAAGAAAGUUCUCCCAUCUACUGAAGAAAUCAAACAGGAGAAGGAGCAACAGGAGCUUUUGAAAGGCAUCAAAUCCUAUGACCCUUCUAAGCUCAGACCCACAGAAACGCAGGAAAAGAAUGAACUUCCUACCAAGGAAACUAUUGCCCUAGAAAAAGGUGCAGCCUGAGAAAUUACUUGCUUUCUGCUUGGUGUUGACAAGUUACUACAUCAUGAAGUGUUUCGUGCAUGCUAUGUUGUCAUAAUAACUUAAAGCUUUCAUGGUGCUGCCCAGUCCUAAUGAGUUUCUUUUAAAAAAAAAAGCUUGGUGACCAAACCAAAAUUAAUUUCUCUGGGUUGAUUUCUGUUACCACAUUUAGUCAUCCUUUAAACAUUUACUCAUUUUUUGUGUAAUGGAUUAUCUAACUAAAAAUUUUUGUUUUAAAGGUUCAAUAAACACACAUUCAGGUUUUUAAUACACUUUUCAAUAGUCUAUUUAUUUGAACUUUGUUAAUUGGUGGGGAGUCUGUUGUAAAUGUGUAAAUUUAAUACUAACCAGUUACAUUUUUUAUGCAUUAAGUUACUACACUAAAUAUCUAAAAUUGUAAGGAUCAUAAUCAAACUUGAAUUUUAACCUUCCAUGAUUUAUAUCUUUGUAGGAUAAAUUGCUACUGAGCUCAAUAGAUAAGGUUUUGCAAAUUUUCUGUAAUAUAUCUCAAACAUUCUUUAUGUAACGGUUCCAUAUUAGAUUUUAAACAUGAAUGAAAACCAUUCCAUCUUCAAAAUGAUGGUGUUUUUUGUAAGCCACAGCUCUUAAUUUUACAUUCCUAACACUAGUUAUAAAUGUUUGUCUAAUUUUUGUACAUUCUUGUGCUUUCAAUAAAUUGCUCACAUCAAUCCAGA